AUUUUUUUGAGUUUGUAUUAAAAAAAAGGCCCUGGAGCUGCAUUCUGGUGCAAGAAAUGUCUGCAUGUGGAGCCAAGAGGUUUUGUUGAUUUAGAUUUGACAGAGUAAAGCAAUUUAAACGACUCAGCAGCUCUCUGAAGAAAAUCGACUAAAAGAACAAGCAAGGAUUAAUCCCAACUUGAUUUUGUAAAAUCAUAUCAGAGGGAUAAUCUAUUUAUGUCAUCAGUGAGGUCAAAGUGUAGUGGACAGGAGACUAGACUUUGGGGGACUCCAGAGAUCAAAUUAAGUUAAACAUUAAUACAUAUUUUUACAUUUUUUUAAUGAUUCAAACGCCACAUAUUGAGCACGUGACGGCGCCGUGUUUUCAUUUAUUCAGCACGUCCGUGCUGCGUCGUUUCCCUGGAAACGGCAGCAGACGCCGUUUCCAUGGAGGCAUGGUCAGCACCGGCUAAGCGAGCGUCCCUGUAAGCGCCGCUGUUUUACCGACGUGAGACCUUUGCUUCGCUAUAACGAUGCUCCCAGUGAAGCCCUCUUUGCGCUGCGGCGUGUCUGAGUGGAACAACAACAACCUUCAGCUGUGGGCCGAAGCUCAGCAGCAGCGGCUGGUUUCCAGCGAGAUCCGACAGGAGUGCAAGUCGCUGCGCAAUGAGACCCACUGCAAGACGGUCUGGGAUGAGAAGGAGACGUCUCGUCGCCUCACUGAGCGAGUCUGGGAUGUUUCCAGGUGGAGGGACUUGCUGGAUAGCUGCGCCCAGAAAGUGGAUGAAGAGAUGGAUGCUCUGACGCUGUCGAAAGAGCUGACUGAGCAGGCUCUAGCCGCCACCGCCACCCCGCUGGAGGUCAGCACCGAGUGCAUGAUGCUGAGAGAGGGGCGGCGCGGGUAUGAACUGGUCACCGACCCUGUGCAGGAGCAGCUACAGAAGGAGGUGGAGCUGAUUGAGAGAGUGCAGCAGACUCUGCAGCAGCACAUCGAUGAGGCUUUUCAGCAGCUGUGCGUCUUGCAGGAGGCACGACACCAGCUCACCGGCGACCUCCAGAACAAGAUGGAGGCUCUGGAUAUUGAUAAAUCCUGCCUGACUCUUACAAUAACAUCACCUAACAUCUCUCUGAAGACCAACCCCACCCGCAUACCAUCAGGCGCCUCCACCCCUCAGGAGUGGGUGCAGCUCAGCAACCACAAUGUGGUCCAAGCCGAGGAGGCCAUGAGGGUGUCCCAGCAGAUGAGGGAAGACAUGAGCCUCAGCAGAGCCCAGCUGCAGAACGAGCUGGAGGCGGAACGCAGAGCCACAGAGUUUGCUCUGCGUAAACGCAGUCACCACGAGGAGCAGGCGCGGGACGAGCUGCAGUGGCAAAUCCGAAAUAUGGAAGCAGAAAUCGCAGAAAUGGAGAGCGACAUCCGGGAGCUGGACGCAGAUCUGCAGGCCAAAACCGCUCCAUUGAAGCUGGCUCACACCCGGCUGGAGAACAGGACCCACAGACCUGGGAUGGACCUGUGCAGGGACGAGGUGCAGUACAGCCUUGUUGCAGAGGUGGAACAGUUGGAGGCCACUGUGCUGGCUUUGCAGCUGAAGCUUUCCAAGGCUCAACACUCUCUGCAGAACAUGAGGCUCCAUCACGGUCAAAUGCUGCAGGAUCUCUCCAGAAAACAGGAGGCUCUAUCGCUGGAGCAGCGUAGCCUGAACACCCGGACCCGCCUCACAUCGGGCUCCAGCACAGUAGGGGUUGUGGCGCCGGUGGUUCCGCUAAUGAACUCCUGUGGGAGGGGCAACCUGCAGCUCAUGGCUGAGUGAGGGAUGGCUUCUUGACUCCUCCCCUCCCUGCGUUGUUGUCCAUGUUUUCACCAUGUCCUUAUCUACUUUUACCUUCACUCCAAAUUCUGCAUCACCUGCUCGAAGGCAGGUUGCUAAGUGUUUACCAUCUGCAGUUGUUUUCCAAAAGGCCAGGCGAGUCUUAUCAAGCUUUGGCUUUAAUGGGUGUGUUUGGCUUUGUCUUAUUGUUUGAUCAACCGAUGCGAUUUGGAGCAUAAGGCAGGAGUAAUGACGUGAACUUUGACUUGGCUUUAGAUAAACCUGGCAGUAAAGGUGGCCUUCGUGGGACUGAAGUGCAAAAAUGUCAGCAGCUGAACUGAACUGAUGGGCAAACUUUGGCUUUCUGUUGCCGUCAUUUUUAUCAUCGUCAUAGUUUAAUUGAUGUGUCAGCACAGGAAUUUUGUGAAGCUGGUCAUACAUUCAUUCUAAAACAUACAGUGGGUGGGGGUCAUGACAGUGAUUAGAGGAGGCCACAGGGGAGGGACCUGGAUAGAUUAAACAGAUGACAAUCAAAAUUAAAUUUUUACAUUUCAUGGAUAAAUCACGUCUGAAAUUUGAGAAUUUUUAUUUAUUUAUUCACAACAUAUCAUAACUGCUGUUAAAAAAAAAGUGUAAAGUGUAAAAAGUCGCCGUAAAGUCCUGGUGUAAAAUUAACUUUACACCGGGAAUCCUGUUAGUAGGACUUUUCUCAACAGCUUUACUAACUAAAUCUCACAUAUGAGAUUUCCAGACGUUAAAAUCAUUUUUCAGCCAAACUUUUGAUUUUUGAUGACUGUGUGACAAAUUUGUUUUGCCUAAAUUGAACGAAGCAUUUUGUGUUCACAAAAAGAAGUCUAUACAAAGUGUCAGAGUGUGCACAAACAUGUUGAAGUUGAUUAACUAACAAGACUGAGUGUUACACCAGCAAAUUAGCUUGUGAUAGCUAGUAAUAAAAAUGCAAUAUCUGGGCAUUAUAACAUGAAAAGUUGUUUAUACUUUGGAAUUAGUUUCAAUGUUUGUGCUUUAAGUGGACUAAAGGCAGAUAUGGAAUCUGUCAUGACAGUGUCUAUGAGCAUCCGACUUUAAAGAUCCUGCCCCAGAAAAGAAUGUUCUUCUGCUGCAUAAUAGCAGUUCCAAUACAUUAAUUUAAGGAGAAAAUCUUAAUUUUUCUCAGUUAUUUUCUCCCACUCUUAUUCAACCAAUUAAUUAAAUGGUUUUAGACAAACUUCACUGUUAAUGGAUACAUUGUACUGCAUGUAUAAUUGCAAUUAUGUCUAUUUAUGAUUUAGACUCUAUAUUUUAGAUGUAUGUUUGAUGUAUCUCUCUCUCUCUAUAUAUAUAUAUACAUAUAUAUAUAUAUAUAUAUAUGUACAUCUUUUCUUUGUCUUCUUUGGUACUUUUUUGUUUGAUUGCUUUAAAUAAAUCAAUUCCGAUUGAUCCAUUUGUCUGCAGAUUUUAAUUAUGUGUACUCUGCAUACCCAGACAAUUUUUGCACUUUUUUAUUUGGGAUUUUUGUAAAUUAGGUCCAGCUUGUCUUUACUUUUAGCAAAUGAUAGCUUGAUUGCACUAAAAACAAGUGCAGUUGGGAAAAAAAAAA